UGUAGUACACCACUUGGAGACUAUACGCAGGUUACAUAUGCAGUACAUGGACACUAAUUGAGAAUACAUACACUUCAUGGAGGCUACAUACGUAGUACAUGUACAUGCAAAAAAUUAUAUAUAUAUAUAUAUUCUGUUUGUUUUGUUGCUUGCUGUGAUGAAUUGUCAUAUGGCGGCACGGUGGGCGACUGGUUAGAGCGUCUGCCUCACAGUUCUGAGGACCGGGAUUCAAUCCCCGACCCCGCCUGCGUGGCGUUUGCAUGUUCUCCCCGUGCCUGCCUGGCUUUUCUCCGGGUACUUCGGUUUCUUCUCACAUCCCCAAAACGUGUGGUAGGUUGAUUGAAGACUCUAAAUUGCCCGUAGGUGUGAAUGGUUGUUUGUUUCUGUGUGCCCUCCGAUUGGCCACGCAUCUCUGCCCCCACCCAACCCUCUGGAACGUUCUCCCAAAACCCCAACGUGACUGCCCACAUCUCUCGACCUUCAAAUCACUCCUAAAAACCUACCUUCCUCGAAUAGCUUUUAAUGUGGAAAUUGCUCAUGUUUUAUCCUUGUUUUUAUAUCUGUAUUCUACUAAUUGUAAUGCGUCUUUGUACAAUAAAUGUAUUGUUAUUAUGGUUAAAAGUUUUUCGAACCCCUGCAGUCCACAGAAAGCUCUCCAGUGAGUCUUGUUCCGAUUUGUGAUCUCGGCUUCACUCGGAAAACCUCGACCGCAAUCGGCAUGGGGCAACAAGGCGACCAAUGAAAAACGUCGGCUCGAGACACCCCGCCUUUUCCGGUUAAAACCAACCAAUGGCGUUCACAGUCUGACAAUUUGCCCGGACUCCCGCCUCGCAUUGUGUCCCAUUUCUUUCUGCUAACUUCACUCGGGAGUUCUUCGCGUCGCUAAAUCAACUUCGUGAACUUUUACCUUUUUUUCCUGGCUGCUGUUGUUGUUUUCGGAAUGUGACCCGCUUCUGGAUGGAAAGCCGCUAACAAGUGGCAGCCAGCCCACGUCAGCUAGCGGCUAGCUGUGUUAGCUCGUCUCAUUGUUUGCAUUGGCGAAGAAAAGCUGCGGACUUUUAGCGGUAUGACGUCUGCCUCUGCUAAGGUGGGCGAGAUCUUCUCGGCGGCCGGCGCAGCCUUCAGCAAACUGGGCGAGCUGACCAUGCAGCUGCACCCGGUGUCCGACAGCAGCCCCGCAGGCGCUCAGAUCAAGAGCACGGUGAAGAGGAAGUUGUACGAGGACAGCCGGGUGCCGCUUUCUGUCGACUCCCCCAAGAAGAGCGCCAAGAAAGCCGUCGCCCCCGCCUCGCCCGCUCUGCCGCCCGGCGCCGUGCCCGCCUCGCAGGUCGUCGUGGCGACGGGAAUGCAGAGCGGCGCCUCCCUGGCCCCGCCCGUCAAGAAGCAGAAGACGGCAGACGUGACGCUGAGCGCGCUCAACGACUCGGACGUCAACAGCGACCUGGUGGACAUGGACGGACUCGGCAAGAAGCUCAACUUCGACCAGGAGAAUCUCAACCUGGACUCCAGCCUCAUCAUCAACCCCGGAGACCUGCCGCUGCUGUCCCGCUGAGCGGUCGGCGCCGCCUGCAGGUUUUGAGCAGAUCUCCAAUUGUAACAAUAAACGUUUAUGCUUGCUUUGCUCGUCAAAUGUUCCAUAAACAUGAGCACAACAAUCAUUUCUGCAAACAUCGAGUGAGAUUCUGUUCUGAUAAAAGCGCUUUUGUGAUAGCCACGCCCCCUGCGAAGCACGCCGGCUGAUGGACGAAAUGAUCAACGAUGAUUAUCCAGAGUAGACCUUGUUGUAUUUUCAGAAGGUUGCAUAAAAAUAUUUCACUUCUCA